GAACGCUUCAUUGAUACAGGACAAACAGAGCUAGUGGGCAAUCGUCCAAACUUGUCUUUAAUAUACAACGUCCAAUCGUCCACACUUCACUUCAGCUGGUGAAAAAAAUCUGAUUACCCAAUGCAUGUAUGUCAGCCCAGCGAUCAGACUGCCGUGACUCGAUGCGUGCGUGAACAUACCUCCUCUCGUGUUGGGCAGCUACACCAUUCAACGGGAUGGGGAGAAGAGGGGGAAGGAAGGCCAUUCCGAGUCACGGAAAAAGGCGGGAACAAGCAGACGUCAAAACUAAAUGUCGUCUGACGACGCAGAAGAGAUGGAAACGGUGAAACUGCGCGGUGUGUGUGUUGAUAUUAGCAUACCCGUGGAUAUCCAAAGGAUAUUUAUCAAGACAGCGUUAAAUACUUCUUGAAGUCCAGGAUCCCAGACCUCUACGAUUUCUUCCCGCCUCUGCUGCUAUGUCUGAACGCCCGCCGUCCUUCAGUCGAGCAUGCCGGGAGAGUUCACGAGGCAGUUAUCACGUCGCGUUCAGGAGUUCGAACUGUACAAAGAUGACAAGGACGUGUUCAAGGACGUUGAGUACGCCAGACGACGUGCCGAUCGUCGCAGAGAACUGAAGAGGCUUGAGAGCGACAAACGCCUGAAGUGUUGGAAGAAGGUAUACGUGCCUUCCUUGCUUGCCAUCUUCGCGAGCUCGGCUGCACUGCUCUGCAGUUCAAUCUCAAGUUUGGGACAGAAUUCAUUCUUCUUUGCAUACAAAGACAUAUUUCAUAUCGUGGGACCAAUUGUUCUGAUUGCUGGCAUCAUAGGGCUAAUGGUAGCGGCUGCUUGUUCUUACCGCGAGGAGGAAAGACUCAGAAUCGAACUCGGACUUCCGAGUCAGUUUCCGCAGGGAAGAUCAACCUCGACUGUAGGUUCAGUCAAAAGUGACACACAGUCCAUGUCAACAUCUGAAGUCAAUGAACUACUUUCCAGAAGAAAGAAACGAAGGCGGUUCUGGAGAAAGCCCUCAUCAGAUUCUUUGGAAGCAUCGAAUUUCUUAGAGUCCAGUUGUUCCUCAGCUGCCACGGACAUGACGUGGAUGCAGCACUCGACGUCGCGCCCAAUAACGCUGGAAGUUGCAGAGGCGCACGUGUUUGAGGAGUGUGAGGAGGAGGGGGACUUCGAGCGCGUUGUGGACACGCACAUUACAGCUAGACAAUACACCAUGAUGCAUCCACAGACUUCAAAGACCAUCAGUGACUCGAAUGAGUGUUUUGUGUCAGAAAAUUCGUCAGGGUAUUCCACCGUGGCGGGCAGUGAGCCCGACAACGCGGGUGUGGACGCAAGUAGGGCUGUCCUUGUCGAGGUGACGGGACAGCCUGGAGAUGUGCAAACGGAGUCGAACAAUGAGUUGAACUUCGAAGAGCAGAGAUGAACUCUGGAUAUUACUGCGUGAAUGGAUAAAAAGAUUAUCAAUUUUCAGGAUAAGUUACACAUCACUGCUGAGCACAUUUCUUGGAUAUUCUGAGAUCCACAAACGAUGAUUCUAAUAUAAACAUUCAAAACUUCGGUUAAGCUUCUGACAUCGUCGUCACUGAAAACGAAACUCGCUUUGCCAAAAUGUGAACUGAAACUUGUGAUUCACUGGAGAUAUUUCUUGAAGAGGAACACUUUGUUAUGGAUAGACAGCUUGAUAAGGGUGUCUACACCGAAACGUCACAUCCACUGCAAUAAAGAGCUGUCUAUCCAUAAAAAGUGUUCUUCUUCAUCAUACCCCCUUCAAAAUGCCGCCUAAAGAAGAGAUAUAUCUCGUCAGUUUUGACAAUUAUUAGGAAUGUCAACUAAAAAUUAUUACAAUUCGGAACGCAAACACACACACACACACACACACACAAAAGAAAGAAAAAAGCCUGUAGUAAAAUGAAAGGUAACUUCUUACUGCAAGCUUUCCAGUUGGAACUUCAAGGCGGACAUAAUAGGUCAUAGAACCUUUCUGCACAGGUGUGUGUCUGAAGUGACACUUCUCUGUACUGUUUCCUGGUUUUCACUUGUAUGAGCAAUAUUUCACAAUUUUACCUCGUGCAUUUUAUGACGUCAUGUCUUGUUAGACGAUAAGUGAUCAAAACGUGUUUUGAAUCUUAGUCGUGGCGCUAACCGGAAAUGACGUUUUAGGAUUCGUAUCGUAAGCAUUUUCAAUGACGACUGUUUUUUGUCUUACACUUGCCUCAAUUAAUUCCUGGCGUUUUAACCACACUAUUUCUACCUCAGCGAUUGGCUCACUAGCCGCAUUUAUGUUCAGCGUUCUGGGUCAGUAACGUGGACAACACGAUCGCCAUUGAUCAAAGACGACCACAGCAUUUUGAGCACGUUUUACUUAACACUUAUUCAAUAUUCCAUAUACACGGACAAUCGACGGUGUCGAUUUCACGGGGAAUAAACUGUGUGUUUACCUCAAUUUAUGAUUGCAAUGGGAAAAAUAAAAAUCACAUUUUUAUAUUUU